UCUUGGCUCAAUACAAAGUAAAAUCUUUUUUAAAAACCCUACCAAAUUUUGUAUGAAUUUGGUGAUUGAAAAAGACCUGCUCUUUCCCCCAUUGAAGGACAUGCGGGCUCUGCCAUUGACUUCAGAGGGAGCAGGCCCAAAGACGGAAAAGGACAGCUGUAAAGCCUGGCAUAUCGUGGGCAGGGGUUAUGCUAGUUUCCUCCCAACAGCUACACCUCAUCCAGGCAUGCAGCACUCUCCUUUCUAUUCCAGGCCUGAGCUUCUGCUAAGCUGAGACUUCCUCUUGGGACAAACUGGAAGGUGGUGUUGUGAGAGGAACCAGUAUCCACACAGCUCUAAAAUGCUAACACAACUAUACACAUAAUCAUCCUCCACCUUCAGCUAGAUUUCAGCCCUGAUCCAACAGAGUCCAGAUUUCCUGAGCUCCAGGGCACAUUGCCAGGCCUAGCUGUUUUCCCAGACUGUCUUUGAUGACUUAGGUUGUCGAGAUACGAGUGGGUAGAAGGAGGGGUCUUUGUGGGAGGUAGGAAGUUCAUCCUGGAUAGUGGUGCAUCUGAAUGUUGUGCUUUUCAGAAGGUGCUUAGCUGUUUAGACAGGCACUUCCAAAGCAUUGGAAUAGAUAAGUACCUUGGAAUUCUGCUCUGUAAGGAUGAAGGGAUAAUGCACCAGUCACUGGCAUCACCCAGUCCCUGUGAAUCUGGUUAUUAUACAUGUGUGCUAGGCACUCUACAGUCAAAGGAAAAGGCAAGGUCUAGGCAGUUCACCAUUUUCCUCCGGUUUAAAAGUUCUCUCUCCUAGUCAUAAGAGUAUCGUCUAGGAGGUAAAAAGAAAAGGAGGACUUGUGGCACCUUAGAGACUAACCAAUUUAUUUGAGCAUAAGCUUUCGUGAGCUACAGCUCACUUCAUCAGAUGCAUUAUUAAUGAGCAAGCCCUAAAUCUUCUGCAGGGAUGUAGCAGCUCAUAAUAUUGUUCUCUGUUGGUUUUACAAAACAUCUUUCACAUGUAACAGGUGCUGAAGAACCAAACUAUCAAAGAAGAUGACAAGUGCAGGAUGUGAGGCCAGCAGUAACUGGGUGGAAAUGCAGGGUUUUAAGUCUGACCUUUAAAAGGCUAACAGAGUCAGUGGCAUGAAGGUCAAAUGGGAGCGCAUUCUGCCAGCUUCGGGUGAGCGAAGAGAAGCCCAGAGAACUGACGGGCUGAGAAGUUGAGAAUAGCACCUCAGGCGUGGCACAUGAGUUUGUCGCUCCAGUUUUAGGCAGGGGUAGCUCCACUGACAUCAUUGGCAUGGAGCUGGAGUUACGCCGUGAUGAACCAUGAGCUCAGAGGGCAGGGAGAGCAGCAUGGAUCAAAUCACACAGAUAAGGCAGAGCCCGAGAGUGGAGAAUCUUGAACAAAGUGGAGAAAAGUCUAGAGGUUCUACUCAGGUUAAUCGGUAGCCAGUGUGGCUGCUUGGAGAGGGAUCCUGAAAUCCAGGGGACAUGGAUGCCACACCCAGAAACUCUAAACUCAGUAGUACUCGCUCAGGCUUUGUUGAAGCCCUUUUAGCACUGCCACUGGGAACAACGUGUGGAACUCUACAGUGGACAGGACAUCAGCAAGUACCACCAUGAACCUGCUUGACUGUGCAUAAUUGCAGGGAUGAGGCAAUUCCUUCCCACCUCAUUGAUGCUCUAGUGUCCCCGGGGGGCACUGAGUGUGCACACAGCCUGAUGGGGCAAUAUGGCCUUUGCCUGUCUCAGAGGCACAGAGCGCCCCCUGGAGGCAGGGAAGGAGUGGGAUGCACCUGGUGAUUCCCAGGCAGGCACAUCCUGCCCAGCUGGGGUAAGCCCAAGAACUGCAGCUGUGUGCCCCAGUUUCUGUUUUCCGGGAGCACCCUGUAGCCUGUGUUAUUUCACAGGGAGCCUGUAUUCUUUAUUUUAGAAGCAAGUGUGUGUUACACAUAAAGCUGGGGAAAUGCCUGAGAUCUUUGACCCCAACCCGGUCAGCUGCUUUGUCCGAACAGAAACCAAGGUCUUCACGGAGGGGAGGGAGCAGCUUUCAGGAGUCGGGCUUUUAUUUCUACUCGCUCUAUCUCUUUUUCUUGGGAACUCUGCUCCCAGCACAGCUCAGCUCUGGGGACCAGGAAGUGGUUAGCUGGAGGGGACAGUGUUCUUUCAGGCUGUUUUGCUGAGCUUGCCUGUCUUCACUGCGUACAGUCUCUGGUUGCUGGCUCUCAGAUGAUGUCCUGGCAGGAGAAGCGCGAGGGCCCCCUUCCAUGUCUUAUCCAGCGACUGGAUCAUCUGGUGCUGACUGUGAAGAACAUUGAAGACACCGUAGGCUUUUAUUCCAAAGUCCUGGGUAUGGAAGUGGUCACUUUCAAGGGCAACCGGAAAGCACUACGUUUUGGGAACCAAAAGUUUAACCUCCACGAGGCUGGGAAGGAGUUUGAACCCAAGGCUCACAGACCAGUUCCUGGUUCCAUAGACGUCUGCCUGAUCACAGACACCUCGCUAGACCAGCUAGUGGGACACCUGAAGGCCUGUGGUGUGACUAUUGAAGAAGGCCCAGUGCCCAGAACCGGUGCCACGGGGCCAAUCACAUCCAUCUACUUCCGAGACCCCGAUGAAAACCUGAUUGAGGUUUCCAACUACCGCACUGACUUGGCUGUCCACGGAGUGAAGCAUUAGUCACACUCCUUUUUCCAUCACUCCCCAACCCCCUCAACACUAGAGGCAAGCAGAGGAGGCCGUGAUUUUGCUUUGUUCAUUUGCAAUGUAUUGUAGGAUGGGGUGUGGGGUUUGCAAACUGAGAACACAUCAGCUUGUGUCCAUGUCCAUUCUGCCAGGCUCCUGAUAUAGUGGGACAUGCCAGGCCUCAUCCUCAAAGGAAACCUGCACAACACAUGGGAGCUUAAAUUCAUAACUCUGCUAGACACUAAAAAAUCAGGGACUGAACACUGGAUUUAUGGCUUAUUACAACAAUCUGCUACCC